AUGAAACAAAAUGAAUACUUCAGAAUAGAAUUUUUUUUUUUUUUUUUUUUAGAUUUUUUAAUUUAUUUAUUUUUCCCUUCGUUGUGGUAUUGUUUUUUCAAUAUCUUGUUUAUGUCUUUUUUAAUUAUUUAUUAUUUUUUUUUGGAAAAAGGUGAUCACCUUUUUCCACUUUCUAUUUUAAUUUUUUUUGUUUUAUUUUUCAUGUCUUUUUUUCGUUUAAUUUUGUGA